AAGAGACGUGCCGUGUCUUUGAUAUCUUACAUGAGUCUAGACCAGGGAUGUGUAUAAGUAUGUGGACACUCAGCUUCUGUGUUAUUGUCGUAUUUGGCUUCCAGCGACAGGUGCGCUCAGAGACAAUCAUUAGAUAUCAGCAGGAACAAUUAGAAUCAGCUGUAUGCGAAGAGAAUGCUGUCUGUACAGAGCUUAUGGAACUGCCAAGAGACAACUAUUUCAGCUUAAUGAGCUGCUCGUGUCCGAAUGGUUACACAUGUCCGAACAGGCCAGGAGAUUCCACUCUACCAUUUGGAAGGGGUCGAUGGUAUGGUCUGUGUCGACCUGUCUCUGAUAUCCCACAAUGCCGUCCAGGACAAGUGGCAAGAAAGCAGUACAAUGGUGUUCGUGAUGUCGGCUACCUCAAAUAUACACAGAUAAAUUGUCUGUGCCCAGGAGAUGGUCAGAUAGGAAUGGUUCCUACAACCGUCUGGACUAAAACCCGAAGAGAUGACCCAAGGGCCGACUCGGUGUUUGAAUUUGAAUGUGCAGAUCAGACUCAUGUCCAGCAGCACAAAAGAGGUGGGCGUGGCCGAGAAAGAUCUGGAUUUAGAAGAUUUUACUUCUAUAAAUAGACUCCUCUUCAUCAUCGAAUGAAAAAGCGAAACACGCGCCUUUUAUUAUUAUUAUUCGCUGUAGAAAUGCUAUCUUUUUAUGCUACAAGGUAUAUAACUGGAACUUUUUAUAGUAUUUAUAGAAAAUAAAGUUUUGUAAAGAAA